CUUAUAAAUGUACAAAGUACGGUCACAUUUAAACAUAAUACACAUUAUCUUGUUACGAAGUACGGUGACUUUAAAGAAUGAACAACAAUACUGAUAAGGAUAACCAAUUUAGCUGUGGUUAGUUUUCGUUUGAUUUCCGCGAAACGUAAAGAUUUAUGAUGUUCUGGCGGAAUUAAAGUAUUUUCCGAAAACGGUUUUCUACUUUACCUGUUUAGGGUAAAAGUAUUUGAACGGAGAUAUUGCUUAUAGAUCACAAUGGGACAAUGCUUAGGUCGCUUAGACUCAGGAGGGAGAACACCACAACAUUCUGUAAACUUUACCCCCGUGGCAGCCCCUCCUCCUGUCCCUUGCAGGACUUACCUACAAAUAUCUGACCCACCGGGUUCAACAUCACAGGAAGAACAGCUAACUACAAACACAGAAAACCAGGGGCCUCCAACACGACUCUUAGUAGCUGCCAUAGAUUUAGGGACCACAUUUUCAGGAUAUGCAUUCUCAUUUCGGCAUGAGUACCUUUCCGAUCGUCUGCGAAUUAGUACUAAUCUCUGGCCGCACAAUAAUGGAAUGUCCAUGAAAGCACCUACAUCAAUAUUGCUGGACCCCGAAGGAGAAGUGAAAGCUUUUGGAUAUGAAGCUAUCAAAACCUUUGGUGAUUUAGCAGAGUAUAACCAGCACGUAGACUACUUCUUCUUCAACAAGUUCAAAAUGAAUCUGUAUCAACAAGGUGGUCUUUCGACAGACUUCAAACUGCAUGACAUCUCUGGUAAAACAAUGUUAGCCGUCGAUGUGUUUGCAAAGGUCAUUUGGUAUCUUAAACAACAUUUGAUAAACCGAGUGAAAAGUUUGGAUUCAAGAAUCCAGUUGGCUCCUGAAGACGUACAGUGGGUUGUCACCGUUCCGGCUAUUUGGGACGACAAAGCUAAGUUUUUCAUGAGGAAAGCAGCAGAAAAGGCUGGUAUUGAAGGCAGAAACUUGACACUGGCUCUUGAACCUGAAGCAGCUUCCUUGUAUUGUCGAUAUAUUCCAACAUACCGGACAGAUCUACAAGGAAAUGCCCAAACAUUUGACAUUUUUCGACCAAAUACAAAAUAUAUGGUUAUCGACCUCGGUGGUGGGACGGUUGAUAUCACAGUUCACAGUGUACUUGAAAGUGGCGCUUUAGAAGAAGUACAUCAACCAACAGGCGGCUACUGGGGAGGCUCUACAGUAGAUAACGAGUUCUGUGCGCUUCUCGUUUGCAUAUUUGGCACCGAUGUGUAUCAGGAGUUUCAAGAGAAGUUUACCGCUGAUGUGAUCGAUCUCUUUCAGGAAUUCGAUUUAAAGAAACGAACUUUUGAACCAGGAAAAGACGCGCCUUUGUCAAUUAAGUUACCAGCUUCUUUGAUAGAACUUUACAAAAUGCGCAGUGGUGAAGAUAUCCAAGAAGUUUUGAAAAAUAAAUUUGAUCAAGAAAUAAAAAUAAAGAGAGACAAAUUGCAGAUUUCUCCUCAAGUUUUUAUUCGAUUGUUUAACAAAUCGAUCUCGAGCAUUGUGAACCAUAUUCAGUCUCUAUUGGAAAAGAACACUGUUUCUGGUGUAAGUGUCCUUCUGUUGGUAGGCGGGUAUGCCGAAAGCCACGUUGUCAGAGACGCCAUUGUAUCUCACUUUCCAAAUCUUCAAAUAAUUCAUCCUCCUGAAUCUUCUUCUACUGUCUUGAAAGGGGCUGUACUAUUUGGACAUGACCCAAAGGCCAUUGUCGCUCGAGUCUGUAAAUACACUUAUGGUAUAGCCAUGAUGGUUCCAUAUAAAGAAGGCGUUAGCGAUCCGAGCAAGAAGCGUGUCAUCAAUGGAGAAGAAAUUUGUGAUGAUGUAUUUGAUGUCCACUUGCGUGUUGGCGAACAAGUGUCCCUUUCUGAAAACAGAACUGGAAAACAAUAUAAUGUACAAAGCGGACAGACACACUCUUUGCUAGAAGUUUACGCAUCUUCUGUUCCAAAUCCUAAAUAUGUAACUGAAAACUGGUGUACUAGGUUGGGCUCGCUGGUUUUGGAAGUGCCUCCUAAUACACAGGCAAACGAUAAAAUUGUUGUAUUGUUGUAUUAUAGUGGAACUGAAUUGGGAGUGUCUGCUUUAAACCCCAGAACAAAACAGGAAACAAAAACCUACUUCGAUUUUCUGGGAUAAAUUGCUACUGUACAGCUCCGAUUUUCUGGGAAAAAUUGCCACAGCUUGAGUUUUAAAGUCACUAUAGAAAAUCCAUAAUGUUAAAGACGAGUAGUUUUAGAAUAUAUGAAAAGUUUUAUUUCAUAAACAUUAUUGAUAAACAAUAUAGUCUUGGAGACAAUUUAAAAAGAUUGAAAAUGUAAAUGAAUCUCUUAUUUUCUUGAAAGUAGUUUAUUGAUAAGGAACUAAAGAUAUUUACUUGAUCAAUUCAGUCAAGGAUACACAACUCUGUUUUAAAACCUGGAAAAAGAUACGAUGAAAUGAAUGUGUUUAAGGGUUUAAUUGCAGAGAAUUUAUUGAGGCCUAGUUAACCAUUAUAUCUUCCUUAAAUUUUUGGAUCUUUAAUUUAUCAUUUAAUGAAGGAAAAAAAUCUUUUAAUUUAGCUUUGAGAUGUAAAUAUUUUGCUUUAUAUAGAGUUCUUGUUUACAGGGGGUUUAAGCAGUUAAACGGAUAUUUUGAAUUUAUUUCAUAUGUUAGGGAAUUGUCAUGUUGUAAAUUUUGAAUUUACUGUGUGGGUGUUAAUACAAAAUUUACAACAUGACAGUAUUUUGAAUUUAUUGUACAUGCUAAUGUUUUUUGAAAAGGUAUGUAACAAAGGUAGUAUAAAUAUGCCGAUAUAUUACAAUGUUAAUCAUUUUUGUUUUGUUAUAUUUUAAGUUUCAUGUUUGCGUUAUUUUUUGUUUGUUUUUUCUAAAAUUUAACUGUUUGGAAGCACACUGAAAUAAAAUUAGCUUAUUAAU